AUGGUGGGGAAGCCCAGGCUGCACUACUUCAACGCACGAGGCCGGAUGGAGCUGAUCAUGUGGCUCCUGGCUGCCGCCCGAGUCAAGUUUGAAGAGAAAUUUAUAGACACUCCAGAGGACUUGGAAAAGCUGAAAAAUGAUGGCAGUUUGAUGUUCCAGCAGGUGCCAGUGGUGGAAAUUGAUGGGAUGGAGCUGGUGCAGAGCAGAGCCAUUCUCAACUACAUCGCCGCCAAACACAACCUCUAUGGGAAAGACAUCAAGGAGAGAGCCCUGAUUGAUAUGUACGUAGAAGGUAUGGCAGAUUUCAAUGAAGUGUUUGUGAUAUUGCUCUCAAUCCCACCUGAUGAGUAAGGUCCCAAGAUUACCCAGAUCAAAGGGAGCACAACAAAUCGUUAUUUCCCCGCAUUUGAAAAAGUGUUAAAGAGCCACGGACAAGACUACCUGGUUGGCAACAGGCUGAGCAGGGCUGACAUUCACCUGGUUGAACUUAUCUACCUUGUUGAAGAGCUUGACCCCAACCUUCUGGCCAACUUUCCUCUGCUGAAGGCCCUGAAAGCCAGAAUCAGCAACCUCCCCACCGUGAAGAAGUUUCUGCAGCCUGGCAGCCCGAGGAAGCCUCCAAUGGAUAAGAAAUGUUAUGAAAAAGGAAUGAAGAUUUUCCAUGGAUCACUUAGCCCUGAGACUGAUGGAAAAUCCCCGUCCUCUGCUGCCAUCCCUGGUCUUUGCUGCCCUUUCUGCCACCUGGAGCUCCUGUGUCCCAUCGACCUUCUGACCUGGGCGGAUUCGGUGGAAAGCCUGGCCACCAUUAGCCCACUUGCGCAGCAGCAUCCUCAUGCCCUGUAG